ACGAAUGGUCAAAUCCUCGUGACCCUUUCAGCACCGGUUCGCCGUUGUUCGGCAACAGGAAGGCAACGGUGCGCAAUUAAUGAUUGUCUCAUUAGCUGAAAAGACGUCUAUCAAAACAACAUAUCAAAACCAAAUCAAAACCAUGAGGCACAGUACCAGUAAUGAAGGCCCUGCUUCGGGGCAGAUCGUUAGUUUCCCCACCGAUGCUUCACUGAACGACUCUUGAGCUCCUUGGGAUCGUUCAUGUCGUUUGAAGACGAAUCGGAGCACUUCUCUGUUGAGAUCCAGGUCGAGUUUGAGGUGGAUAUGCAAGCAAUUCCUAGACUAGGGCCCAUCAAGAAGCGAUCCAGACCUCGAUCUUAUGGCCACCGGGAUCCCCACCACCCCCGUCUCCAUGGGCGGAAGCCCGCUCUCUCGCACUCAUUCUUCUCCUGACCUGGCAGAAGGAGCAAGUCCCAGAGUAGCUCUUCCGUCCAGAUGGAGGAGCAAGAGUUGUGAAUCCAGUCCUGCCGCUCCGCAACGAUCCUCACGAAGACUCAUGGGGGGCAACGGCAGAGCUCGCCCCACCAUUGCCACUGGCAAGGAUGCGACGAGCGACAGUCUUGAUUGUGGCAGCGCUCACAGCGCCACCAGCCUUAAGCUCAAGAGUCUCUUGCAACAACAGCAACUGCUUCCUCACGGUGGGCUCCCGAUGAAUCCACAGGGCGGCAACAACCAGAACAACAACAGUAGCAUCAGUGGAAGGUGGCAAGAUUCGGUUGCCACCUGUAAUGAAAGCGUGUCUCGUUGGAGUACUUCGUUUACAUCCUCGCAAAUGGAUCAACUCUCCACGAAACCACGAUUUCCACGCCGCAAGACUAGCGGGCUCAUUGUGGGAGGAACCAUGGUGAAUACCGACAACGUCAAGGCAGCCGCUGGCAAGAACACAGAGUGGCAGAGCAACAGCAGGCAGUCAAAACAUGUUUCACAACAGCAGUGGUGGUAGUCAAUGGGAUUUGACAGAUACCACAGCCACAGAGACGGCUUCCUUUGCCACUGGACGGGCGACAACGGGGUCGUCCGCCAUUGAAGACUUUUCCACGGAGAGUGCUGGCUCUAGAUCCACAAAUAAGGUUGAGGUGGACUUUGGCAGCUUUGUGCCCAGCACCCCCGAAGCCCCGUCUGCUGCUGUCCCCAGGACCAACCAGACCCAGGCCUCAACUGCCAAACCGUCAAAAGAGUUUCCGAAGGGGCAUGAGUAUGGCAUUGGUCGCCAAGGCGGCUUUUGUCAACAGAAGAGCCAAGUUUGUCAAGCAAAGGAGUGAACCUUCACUACCGGAUCGACAAGCGAGUGAUUUGACAUUGACAUCCAGGGCGUCAUCCUGUAUAUCCGAGGACGACACGACUGCUUCCGGUUCCGACCAGAAGAAGUCUAGCUAUCGAAGGCAGCGGUCCAUGCCCUUGCCAUACGCUAGGAUCUCGACGAAAUCUGAGGAGAAACCAGUUGUCAAGACAAGCGCUCCUGCACCACUUUGGUGCAAACGUAUGGGCUAGCAGACCUUCGAAAGCAAAAGAGUCUCUCCUGCCUUUCCUCGAUGUCCUCAUCUUCCCGA